AUGGGGCAGUGUUGCAGUAAGGGUGUUUCUGGUGAAAAUGGUGGUAGCGUUGUUGCUAUCGGAGAUGGAAACUCUGCGGUAUCUACCAACAAUCGCCCUAAACCACCACCUUCACCGGUACGUCAAUCAGUCGGGAAUGGGAUGAGUUACACCAACAACAGUACGCCAGCUCACUCAUUUACAGCCAGUCCGUUUCAGAGCCCGUAUCCUGCUGGAAUAGCUCCAUCGCCAUCUCCGGUUGGAACGCCGAGAAGGAAAUUCAAGUGGCCAUUUCCACCGCCGUCGCCGGCGAAACCUAUACUAUCAGCGAUCUUUAAGCGUCAGGGAGGGACGUCGGUAAAGCCGAAAGAAGGGCCAAUACCGGAAGAUGAAGGUGGUGAAGGCGAGAGACAGCUUGAUAAAAGCUUCGGCUAUCCAAAAAAUUUGACAUCAAAGUAUGAAUUGGGAAAGGAGGUGGGUCGAGGGCAUUUCGGCCAUACUUGUUGGGCAAAAGGUAAAAAAGGCGAACUCAAAAAUCAGCCAGUGGCUGUGAAGAUCAUUUCCAAAGCUAAGAUGACAACCGCUAUUUCUAUCGAAGAUGUUCGAAGGGAGGUGAAGAUAUUGAAAGCCUUAUCUGGACAUCAGAAUCUUGUCAAGUUUUAUGAUGCAUUUGAGGAUGCCAAUAAUGUCUACAUAGUAAUGGAGUUAUGUGAAGGCGGGGAACUAUUGGACAGAAUUCUAUCAAGAGGUGGGAGAUACACAGAGGAGGAUGCCAAAAGUAUUGUGGUUCAAAUACUAAAUGUUGUCGCCUUUUGUCAUCUUCAAGGUGUGGUGCACCGCGAUCUGAAGCCUGAGAACUUUCUUUUUGCAAAGAAAGAUGAAGAUUCACCAAUGAAGGUGAUUGAUUUUGGUCUAUCAGAUUUCAUUAAACCAGAUCAGCGUCUUAACGAUAUUGUUGGCAGUGCAUAUUAUGUUGCACCUGAAGUACUUCAUAGGUCAUAUAGCAUUGAAGCAGAUAUGUGGAGUAUUGGUGUGAUAACUUAUAUCUUGUUAUGUGGAAGUAGACCUUUCUGGGCACGUACAGAGUCUGGCAUUUUCCGUUCUGUGUUACGAGCUGAUCCUAAUUUUGAGGACUCGCCUUGGCCUGCAGUGUCAGCAGAGGCCAGAGAUUUUGUGAAAAGGCUUUUGAAUAAAGACCAUAGGAAGAGAAUGACUGCUUCUCAAGCACUGACUCAUCCAUGGUUAAGGACUGAAAAUCCUUUUGUACCCUUAGACAUAUUGAUCUUUAAAUUAGUCAAGUCUUAUAUUCGAACAUCACCCUUGAAACGUGCAGCACUGAAGGCUCUUUCAAAAGCAUUGACAGAAGAAGAAUUAAUAUACCUCAAGGCUCAAUUCAAUUUAUUGGAACCGAAAGCUGGUUUUGUGUCACUCGAUAAUUUUAGGAUGGCACUUAUGAAACAAACGACUGAUGCCAUGAGGGAGGCCAGAGUUCUUGACAUCAUAAAUUUGCUGGAACCAUUAUCUUAUAAGCAAAUGGAUUUUGAAGAGUUCUGUGCUGCUGCAAUUAGUACAUAUCAGCUUGAGGCUCUUGAAAACUGGGAACAUAUUGCUAGUGCCGCUUUCAAUUAUUUUGAGCAAGAAGGAAACCGUGUCAUUUCUGUUGAGGAAUUAGCACAGGAAAUGAAUUUGGGCCCUACGGCUUAUGCUUUUCUCAAGGAUUGGAUCAGACCAUCCGAUAGGAAAUUGAGUUUCCUUGGGUAUACCAAGUUUUUGCAUGGUGUGACGAUGCGAAGUUCAAGCACAAGACAUCAUCGAUAA